AGGCAUCUCUGGCUGUCACUUUCAACUGCUGCAUUGAUCGGAUCUGGUUAUUAGUCCUUGGCCUUCCUCCCUCUCCUCCUUUUCCUUCCCUUUUUUUCUCUCUCUCUCUCUCUUUCUUUUCUUUCCCUUCCUUCCUUCCCUUCUUGUGCGACAGCCAAGUUCUUGCUUCCCUCCUCCUCUUUUAUCAGCUCGUGUCUACUACUCACCCGGUUCACUCUUUUUGACCGUCUGACUCCCCACGUCGCAUCUCGCUCACUUCCACUCUUUAUCCCCAAUUCUUGCAUCGAUAAAGAUUCCUCUCGGAUUAUAUCUGAUUCCAUUGUCUAUCUUAAUCUCUCGCCCGUAUACAUUAAUCAAGAUGCGUUCCAUGCUCUGCCUUGCGCUCGGCGCUAUUGCUACUCUCGCCAAUGCGGCCAGCAACCCCUUCAACGUUCCCGAGGGUGGCUACACCUUCACGGCCGGAUCCCCGACGACUCUGACUUGGGAUGCCAACUCCAACGGAACUGUCAGCCUAAGACUCCAGUGGGGCGCUGUCUUCACCACUUCCUCGGGCGACAGCCUUGCCGCGGGCGUCGCCAACUCCGGUAGCUUUACCUGGACUCCUUCCGCCAGCCUGGUCAGCAGAUCUGAUUACGCGAUCGAGAUCAUCAAUGAUGAGGACACGGAUGAUAUCAACUACACCCCCCGCUUCUCCAUCGCCGGUGUCACCGGCGUUGCGUCCACCUCGACUGUCAAGUCGACGACCUCCAGCUCCUCGACCACGUCUUCCUCUUCCAGCGAGAAGACCACUGGCACCGCCACCACUCUGUCCACCGUGACCAGCACUGGCGCUGUCUCUUCUACUUCUUCCGGUUCUAACUCCACCGCUGUGACUGCCUCCAAGACUUCCGCCGCGUCUUCUUCCUCUGGCUCGUCCAGCACUUCGAGCACCGGCUCUGCCACUGCCUCUAGCACCUUUGCCCCCGCCAACGCCGGCGUGGUCAACCGGGCGUCCACUGGCAUGCUUGCGCUGAUUAUCGCCGCUAUUGCUCUUGUCUAGAGGGCGGCUGAGAACCAUUAUCGAUCAUGGUGGACUUAUAAAUGACUCUUUUCCGCUUCUAGUACAUAGCUUUUGAGCGCCGUCUUUCACGCUUUCACCCUUUUCACUUCUCACACCCCUGUUCUUCUACCCCACAACUUUUCCUCCACUGCACGAUGUCAAUGUCAAGGGAUUCUCGACCCUUUGAAACUCUCUUCAUAUGGGACGAUGCUGUGGUAUUUCCAUUUUACAAUGAUCACUCCACUGUUAUACUCCGGUUGGCUGGAGCUAAUGGUUUUGAACGUCGAUUUGUAUGGUAUGAGGAUGUAGAUAUGGAUACCGUAAUGAAUAACACCGGUCUUCUUUGAGA